GAUCAGGGGUUCAUGAGUUAUGAUCAGACAUCGAAACAAGCAAACAGAGAUUACAACUGUAUUUUUAUUAUAGAUAUAGUGUCUGAGCUUCUUGGUGGAGAUCUAAUGGAGCAUAAUAUCCUUCACGAGGGUAUAGGGGUCACUGAUACAUUAGAGAUUCUUCAGAGAUUUCAUUCAGAGCUCAAACAGCCAGAAUAUGUGGAGCCCAGUAGACUCUACUUUGGACGAUUCAUGAAACUCUCAGGACUAGAUACUCUGAUUGGAACACAUAAGAUUGGACCAGACAAUAGAUAUAAACGAGAUAUAACUGAUGAUGAUUUAGAGAGAAUCUCAGAUAUACUUGGAGUCAACAGCUUAUCAAGGUCUGAGCUUCAGGAGUUUAGGAGCCGGCUGUCCAACCUAGAUCCUAUAAUUUCUGAAGGAUUUGGAUUUGGAAAAGUUAACAGUUAUCUUCCAAACAAAUACGACUAACAAGAUUUGCAAGCAUUGAAAGAAAAAACUCAGUCUCAAAAUGGACUAAUCUAAAAUUUAUAAUGUUAAAGUUUUAGAUAAAUAAAACAGAUAUUCUUUAUGAAGUUUAA